AAAGAAAGAUCGGGAGCACGGAGGUCAACCAAUGGGCGGGCGGGCAAGAUUUAACUCUACCAAGUCGAAUGGGAACACCUAGAUUUAAGUCAGAUUAUUCCCACCAUAGGGUUUCUUGAACAGUAUGGUUUAUCAAUUCGUUCCAAAAAUAAGAUUGAUUGCCCGAUACAUUCAGACUGCGCACGAGUUUGUGAGUUGGCCGGCGUUUUAAAUUUAGCAAGAGAACUCCCACGGGAAAGGUUUUGGGUAUGCUGAAUAGUGCCCCGCCCCUGCGUACAAAAACACAUUGUGUUCCCUGUAGGCUGGAUCUCUGUUACGGUCGCAGGCCACAACGGUGUACACACAUGUUCACUGCUUGACUUUUCUCCAGAAGGAAUGGAUGUUAGCCGGACGGUUAAUUUUAAAUGGAAGAAAAAGGAAGAGGACACAGCUUUGAAUGGGGCUCAGGUUCAGACCCCUCUCCAGGGCCAUAGCUAUAAUUGAUCGGAUCGGUUCAAAGAACCUCCUCCCCUCCCCAGUUCCUGAGGGCCCUCCAGCUCCACCCCUCCCUGUUUUCUUCAUUAUCUCCCUCACUCCAAGGGCCGCCAGGGAGAGGGGUGAACACUGGCCCCCUCUCCCCUUGUGACGCCCCUGCCCCUCUCCACUGUGUCCCAGACUGUAGUCUGUUUUCUUUGAUCUAGGGAACCACUGAGAACUGAGCAAGCUGCAUGAGCCCACAGCUUCACUGGCCUAACUCUGCUGUGGGACCCAUAUCUUAGGCUGGAUUUAUAUAGAAUAUGUGAAAUGCAGAAAGCCCUUGCCUGUGUAAACUUUUCAUGCACGCCUGCUCGUGUUUAAAUGCACUUGCAUCAGCUGUGUGACGAUAGCAGAACAGGAGCAUUUGACUAUAUCAAUUGCUGCCAUGCUACCAUUAAUAUAUAAUAAAUCCGUGCACAUGGUACGUAAAUUUAGACCUGACUGAGCAUGUGUAGAAAACUUCCAUGAAUAACAGCUUUCCUCCUGGCCUAAUCAGACCCAAGUCAUGUAAAAUAGACUUGUGCUCACAGUGGCACAGUUGUCUGGGUUUCAUGGAUUCAGACAGUGGGGGACGCAUAUGUUUGAAUGCACAUACACUGCACACAGAAAACAUAUCAGAAAGAAGACUGGACUAGUAUCCUUCCAGACAUCUAGUUUUGUGUGGUGGUUUUUUUUUUAAUAUGUAUGAAGGAUUUGCAUUCAUUCAUGUGAGCCUCCACUUGCAGUCUAAAGCAAUACAGUUCAUAGAAAAAGUCAACACAGUCAGUGAGAACUAGGCCUAUAUUAUACAAUAUAUCAUAUUAAAGAGACCUGGAGUGUACAUGGCUGUGAGUUGCAGCUUAUAAUUUGCCGCUGCAAGUGUGGAACAUUCUGGAUUGUCAUGGGAUGGGGGCGGGGGUGCUAGCUAGAUAACCUGCCUGUGUCCUGGUAACCUUGGUGGCUGCAAAGGAGACAAGUUCCACCCAUCCAUGACGAUGGGACAAUUGGAUUGUGCGUAUUAUAUGUCUAUACAAGAUUAUGGCAAUUGAGAUGAAACCUUGCAGAGGGAUUCCUCUUUUUAGGACAUUGUUUGCUAAUUUCUUCCACUGUCGCCAAUGUUGCCAUCUUUCUUUCUUUACUGGGAGGAGUACUCAUUUGGCAGAAUGGAACACCUUUCAACACAACUGCUUGUGGAACACUGUUACAUCGAUAGUAGUAUUUAAUAACUGGUCAAGAAGAUAUAACCAGGCCUCAAGAACACUGUGGCACCAUGAUGCUUUGCAAAAAUAUUUACAGACUUUAUGCCAAGAAUACCAAAACAUCGGCCUUUUACUAAAUGACAGCUCAGUGAAUGAACACAGACAAAGGGCUCUGAGCAAGAGACAUGCAGAAUUGUCUCCACUUGCUGUCACUUUUAAAGAAAUACAAGAGGCAAAAAAUGAAAUUCAGGAUUUGGAGAUACUAUGUGCAAAACUAAACACCCCAGAAGAGAAACCACUGCUAGAUCUAGCUUUAGAGGAAAAGGAAGUUCUUGACCAGAAAAUUAGCACUCUAUAUCGAAAGCUUUUUCAGCUCUUGAUACCAAAAGAAAAAUACGAUGAAAGUAAUGUCCUAUUAGAAGUGACAUCUGGCAGGACAACUGGAGGUGACAUCUGCCAGCAAUUUACUAAAGAAGUGUUUGAAAUGUACCAGAACUAUGCGGAUUACAGAUGCUGGACCUUUGAAAUUCAGAACUAUACUCCAGCUGACUAUGGUGGGUUACACCAUGCUGCUGCUCAUAUUUCAGGAGACCAUGUCUAUAAGCAUUUGAAAUAUGAAGGAGGUAUUCACAGGGUGCAGCGCAUUCCUGAGACUGGCUUAUCUUCAAGAAUGCAGCGGAUCCACACAGGGACCAUGUCAGUAAUUGUCCUCCCUCAGCCAGAAGAGGUAAAAAUUAAAAUAGACCCCAGAGAUUUGCGUAUAGAUACGUUCCGAGCCAAAGGGGCAGGAGGACAGCAUGUUAAUACAACAGAUAGUGCUGUUCGAAUUGUACACAUCCCCACAGGAUUAACUGUUGAGUGCCAGCAGGAGCGAUCUCAAGUAAUGAAUAAAGAAACAGCUCUGAGGACACUGAGAGAGAAACUGUACAAGCAGACUAUUGAGAGAGAGCUUGGCCAAAAGCAGAAGGCUAGAAAGCUGCAGUUAGGGACAAGAUCCCAGUCAGAAAGAAUUCGCACAUAUAACUUCAGCCAAGACAGAGUGACUGACCACAGGAUCUCCUAUGAAGUUCGUAAUAUCAAGGAAUUCCUAUGUGGCAAGGAGCUCCUGGACAAUCUAAUCAACAAGGUGUUGGAGACUGCAGAGAUGGAAUCUCUGAUUGAACAUAUGGAAAACAAUUUUAUAUCUCUAAAAGCAGAUUCCUGAUUUCGUAAAUGGAGAAAAACCCCAAAUUUGCUUGCAACAUUAAACAGAAACACCUAACAGAAACUGACUGUUAAGAGAUGUGAUUUUUAAAAAUAUUUUCCUGCUAUUAUCCGUAUCUAUUACUUGAUCUCUGUGGUCCAAAGAAAUGGUAUGCAUGUACAGGGAAGAGUCUCAUGCAGAGACAGGGUUUUGUUUGAUGUUUUGGCUCCAUGGCUAUAGUGACAGGGUGGGGUUGGCUUGACUAAUCAGAGUGGGGAAAAAGAACCUUGGUCCAAGAUGGACUACAGCUUGCUUGCAGUUUGGGUCUCCAGAGACUCGGUUUCUAGCAAAGAACUCAUGUUUUUAAAGUAUUAUUUGUAUACUGCCCAAAACUUAGGUCUCUGGUUGGUUUACAACACAAUAAUACAAACUAAAACAAAAUUAAAUAUUAAAACAUUGAAAUAAUUUGAAAAAUUAAUGCAAUCUAAUUAAAAGUCUGGGUGAACAAA